GUGACAGAUAGUUGUGUUUUUUAUUUACUAGUAAUGGAUAAGGAUAGUGAUAAUGAGGAAACUACGAAAAUAAUUGAGCAGAAUAAUUCCACUGACGGGCCGGCCAGACGGGACAGAUUACUCGACACGAUAAGAUUCGACAAGAAUAAAAAUAUAUUUCUAUUAACGUGUGUCAUCGGAGUGUGUCUGGCCAUCGCCCUAGAAAUAAUAAACGCCCAAAACAGAAGGCACGUGCACAAGGAGCAGACAUCGACUAGAAGGACCUACUGGGUGUAUUCUGCCUACAACGACGUGGACAACCCGAACGGUCUCCUAAAACACGUCCACCUAGUCCUAGAUAGAGUCGGGUACGAGAAAGUCACGAACAAGGAGCCCUGGAACCUCCUAUGGUCCCACGAUUACCCGUUCAGAGUUCUAUACACAGAUCUACAAAGAUUAGGCCCCAAUCAGAAAGUCAACCAUUUUCCUGGCACCGGAUUUAUCACGAAUAAAGUCGAUCUAGCGACGACCGACUCCAAAUAUAUUCCGAAAGCGUUUAAAAUCCCGCAAAAUAAGGAGGCAUUUUUAAAGUACGCCGCCAUAAAUAAAGAUGCGCUGUUCCUGGAGAAACACAACCAGCAUAGAGGUGUAUAUUUGAAAAACGUGACCAACAUAGACCUGACCAGCGGCGAGAGCUUCGUGCAGGAGUACGUGCAAAAACCGUACCUAGUGGAUGGGCAUAAGUUCGACAUUGGCGUGUACGUGGUGCUCACAUCGGUGAAUCCUUUGCGAGCGUAUUGGUAUAAGGGCGAUGUGCUGUUCAGAUACUGUCCGGCGAAGUAUUAUCCGUUUGACCCGAAUGUGGUGGACAAGUACGUGGUGGGGGACGACUACCUUCCCACCUGGGAGGUACCGUCCCUGGCACACCCCUACACCGCCCUGGGCUUCAGCAUGAAGGAGGCUUUCGACCAUUAUGUUACUUCUAAGGGUGGGGACGUGACCAGAAUGUGGGAGGAAGUAGAGGCGGCCAUCACAGAAGUGCUUCUGAAAAAAGAACAUCAUGUUAUACAGGCGCUCAAGAAAUACCCGUCACCGGACCACUUCUUCGAGAUGAUGCGCUUCGACCUGGUGGUGGACGAGGGUCUGAAGGUCUACCUGCUGGAGGCCAACAUGUCUCCCAACCUCAGCUCCGCGCACUACCCGCCCAACCAGCUACUGUACGAGCAGGUGCUGUAUAGCCUGUACAGCAUCACGGGGGUGGCUUCGCAUGUGCAGCCGGGGAAAUUUGAAGACCGAGCGACUCAAAACAUGGUAUCAUCCCAGAAGAACAUAGCGGUGUGGAGCGAAGUCUGCUCCACCACAUGCAGAGAGAACUGCGAGGAGUCCCUGAUCUGUGGUCUCUGCAAACCCUGCAUGACGAGCAGGCUGAAGAGUAGCCUGCUUGGUGCUCACAAGGAAUAUCUUCAUAGAGGAGACUUCAGGAGAUUGUUUCCGCCGAAAAUGGUACAAAAUGCCAGCACUGAUGAAAAAAUUAAAGGACUCAACAAGAUGAACCAACUGCUGUAUCUUUGGUACCAGGGAAAAUGCAAUGCAGACGUAACAUGGUGCUCUUAA